CAGAAAAAUAACUCUUUUUUUGGCCAAAAAGUGUCACACCAAAUAUAUAGACACAUAAAAAUAAAACCAAAAGCAUGCGGGAACGCAGUCAAACCACACCACGUCGGCGACGAGCCGGUCCCAAACAGGCCCUGCCCCCUGCCACACGUUCCUCACGCAGCAGCCACGAGAGUGGCAUUCGAGUUGGAGAGCUGGAGUCGCCAUACUAUUCGAUCGAUAAUACCGAAGAUAUCUAUGGGACCACUUUGCUGCCAUCGCAGCGUUGCUAUGUGGAUCCCUGGGAUCUGGAGAAUUAUGAUUAUGUGCGCAAGAAAAUUGACGAUGUGACCACAGUGGGGGGACUGAAUGUUGCGGAAACAGACGACUACGGUCACACCCUGACCACAUCCAGGCCGACAGCAGCAACAGCAGCAGCAGCAGCAGGAACAGGAACAUCUUAUGGUUAUGGUAUGUCAGCCACCAUGCCACGCCCACACACACAAACACGUCGAGUAUCGCGUACCCAAUGCCAACUGGAGUGCUGUAUGCCCAGGAGUGGACUGAAUGGCUAUCACCGCAAAGAGCCCGUGUACACAGCCCGCAGUGAGAUCUAUGGGGCCCCCAGUCGAUAUGAUGACUAUAUGGCCACCAUGACCAGGCAACUACACUUGGACGAUGAGGAUGACUACGAGCAUGGAGAGGUGGACGAAGAACGGGAACGCGAUCAACAGGACUUGUAUAGGGAAGAGCAACGUCAGCUUUAUAAUGGCUAUGGAGGAUUCUCCAGUGCCAGUUCCACCGAACAGCACUCUUCCAUUGGUGGUGGUAGCUCAUCACCUCUGCCAAGACGUGCGGCCACCCUGCAUCGCUUCUCUGGCCCCAGUCAGAAGAUCAACACCAACAGCAACAGCCUCUAUGGCUAUGGCACUGCCCCACAUCCCAGACGCAAACGAAGUGGUCCCGGCAAAAACUCAUCUGUACCACAGAUUGAUUUCCCAGCUCCACCGCCUUUAUCGCCCGCCAAUGAUUAUUGCAAUCCCUAUGCUACAUUGCCUUAUUGCAGCAUACCGGAUUGCAAUGAGUGCCAGUACCAUGCCACAUCAUUGAUUUACGCCGCUCCCUCGACACUCUACGGUACGUUGGGCGGCGGACGGGCCAAGUCUCAAUCGCCGCAAUCUCAGAUUGAUUCAGGCGAUUCAUCGCUCUAUUCCGGAAUUUAUUCACGUAAAUUUGGUUUGAGCAAAAAGGGUCUACUACAGAUUGAUUACUCCUGCAGUUGGACAGACUUGGAUCGCGUAAUGGGGCGCCAAUAUUAAAUGGAGAGGGAGGGAGAGAGAGCAAACCUUGUAGGGGUGAUGGGGUUUAGGCUUAAAUUGCAACUAAACUUAAAGCAAGACGGCUAAUAGCCAGUUAUAUAUUAUCAUACAUGCAUAUGUCAUCUACAACAUUUGUACUUAAGUCAUUUCAUACAAUCAACAAUACGAGAAGAACAAAAAGAACCAAAUA